ACUUCCGCUUGAGAGUUCGACCAUUUUAAGUUUUUAACUCGAUAAAAGUCCCGAAAAAGUUAUAUAUUAAUGAAAAAAACAAACCUAGAGACCCAAAUGUUUUCUUAAUGACUCAACCCUCAUUAAUAUAAACAAUACAGUUAAACCGAGCUUUUACUAAAUGGGCUUGGAGCCUUAAAAAAGGUUGAGGAUCUACUAUUACAAGUUUAACUGGAUUAUUUGUGCUCAGUAAAGUUAAAGGUUAUGGGUAUAUUGCGAUCCAGAAAAAAAAAUAAUAAUAAUAACAAAGAUCCCGUAAAUCAUAGAGAAAAAUAUUUUUACAGUACACUUAAACUUUGUCGAAGCUCCCUCGAUACUCAGUUGUCAAAUACUAGGGUUUGGCGCUUUCCUAGCAUAAUAACUCUCUGUAACUGUAAGAAAACGAGCCUUCAGAAGGUCGGGCUUCAGAUAUGGGCAGGGAGCUUGGUGAUGUGUGAUCUAAUUCUACACAAACCCGCAGAAAUUUUUUAUGGGAAAAGUGUCUUAGAACUCGGAGCAGGGACCGGCCUUGUUUCCAUUGUACUGUCAGCGUUUGCUAAAAAAGUUUACUGUACGGACUUAAAGGUAAAAGUUCUCGAAAACUGUCUCAGGAACAUUAUCAAAAACAGUUAUUGGUGUGGAUAUUCUGGCUUAAUUGAGGCACCAGCAGUCGAGGUUAGAAGAAUGGAUUGGGCUGAAGAUAUCACCGACAAAAAAUUCAUAAACCAAAUGAAAAAGUCAAAGUUUUCUUGGAAAAGAGAGGAGAUGGCGAAUUUUUACCAGAACUUUGAUGUUCUAGUGGCGGGCGAUGUGAUUUACGACAACGAGCUCACCCGCCACUUCGUUAAACAAGCUAAUAACUUUCUUGAAGGCACGGAAAAAACUCUUUACGUGUCUUUGGAAAAAAGGAUCAACUUUGUCAAGGAAACUUUAUCAGUGGGGAGCCCGUGCUACGACUACUUUUUUACACUGCUAUUAGAAUUUGAAUUGCAUUUUGAGCCGAUUAACACCAGCAGUAUACCGCAAUUCGUUCAAAAUUACGAAAGAAGUGUCUAUCAGGAAGUGUGGAAGAUUACUAAAAAGCUUGCAUAAACAAGAGCGGGAAAGUACAACUGACUUCGCGCCAUGGACCCCCAACACAGCUCUGCCCGAGGGAUCAAGAUUCGCUAUCCAGGCCUUUUACCACGUGUAGCAGCCGGUUAACCACGCGUAGCGGUGAGCGAUAGGAUAUAAAUUACCGCGUCCCAUUCCACUGC